GUUCCAAGCUCUCGUCGAGUGAACUUCUUGUGACUUCUGUUCGUCAACUUCGAAACCGAUUUAUCAAAGAUGUCUGGACGCGGAAAGGGAGGAAAAGUUAAGGGAAAGGCGAAGACACGUUCCAACCGUGCUGGGCUUCAGUUCCCAGUGGGACGUAUCCACCGUCUGCUGCGCAAAGGGAACUACGCCGAACGCGUUGGCGCUGGAGCUCCUGUCUAUUUGGCCGCCGUGAUGGAAUAUCUGGCCGCCGAAGUGCUCGAGUUGGCCGGCAAUGCUGCCCGUGACAAUAAGAAAACGAGGAUCAUUCCGCGUCAUCUGCAGCUGGCCAUCCGCAACGACGAGGAGCUGAACAAGCUUCUGUCUGGCGUCACCAUUGCCCAAGGCGGCGUCCUGCCCAACAUUCAGGCAGUGCUGCUGCCCAAGAAGACCGAGAAGAAGACAUAAAUCGCCAAAUCAAAUUGCAACCCGUUUUCACGAUAAAAAAAACCGCCCUUUUCAGGGCGACAAACAAAUUUCAUAAAGAAUUUGCAAAUGAAUCUUUCAUAAAAUCCCCAAUCUUAUCUCAAA